AACUGUAAUAAAGAGUAUUCGUCAAUCCAUCCACAACAUACAAUGUGUUUAGAAGAUGUAGGUGAUGUUGUAGACCUAUCACAGUCUGAAAAAGAUGAUUUGGUGCUACAAACAAACGAUUUCCGAGCUGGUGUAUCGCCGCCUGCUGCUAACAUGCGGCAGGUGGUCUGGGAUGAAAAGCUCGCCAUUGUUGCCAGUAAAUGGGCAAGACAAUGUAGCAUUGGGCAUGAAUCUAAUUCUUUGCAACGGGCAGUACCGACCAUGCCUGAUACAUUCAUUGGUCAGAAUGCAGCAGGUAAUUACGCUAGUUUUGCUCUAGCUAAUCGGGCCUGGUUUGAUGAAGUAAAGGAUUUUAGAUACGGGGUUGGAUCAAUCGGUGGUGAAGUUGGUCAUUAUACGCAGAUUGUAAAUGCGGCAGUGUCUAGGAUGGGAUGUGGUAAAGCCCGAUGUUUAAAUAGAUUUGUACAUGUCUGUAACUAUGCCAGAGGACAAUUUUCCUCGGAAAUAACAGAGCCAUAUAAAACGGGUACUGCUUGUGCCGAUUGUCCAGAUUCCUGUACUUCAAACCAGUGUGGUAAGUGUUGUAAUGGUAAAGUCUGUUUAAAUGGAGGAACAGUAGAUCUCAAUACUUGCCAAUGUUCAUGUCCAGCUAUCUAUACUGGAGACAAUUGUCAAACUUUAACAUGUCCUACCACAGACUUAAAAUCGUUCUGUGCAUCAUUAAACACAUCAUUGUGUCAAUACAUAAAUAUUGUACAAGAUUGCCCUCGGAGAUGUGGCCUGUGUCCUUCAAGUAAGUUCAUUUUUCUAAUGACAAAUAUCAUAUCUUCCUAA